CUCUAGUACGCUCAACUGAAAUGAUACCGUUCGUUUACAGUAUACUAAAAUGAACUAAUAGUAUGUUAGGAUGGGUAUUCGAACACAGCCAUUGUUUUGUGUAGUUUAGGGUUGGGACAUCCCAAUGAUCACGGAUAGCAUAAACUCCUUUUCACCUUUUUUGUAUUUCACCUUUUUUUGUAUUUCACCUUUAUCGUGGACCUUCACCGCAUAAUUAAAUCAGGAUCCCAAUUUAACUGCUAGUGGCUAAUCAAAAGAUUGACACCAACUACUACAAAUGAAAUAGAACCCCAAUGAUAAGUAACCAAUCAAAUUUGUGUUGUCCAGAUAAGGCGGGUACUCUCAAGUGCUUUCCGGGAUUGAACCCCAUUGGCGUGAACAAGCUCUUGAUCCCUUGUCUCUAGUUACCACAUCCACAAAGUAAAACGGUCUAUAUCUUAAACAUUUAUGAAACAAAAAUGAGCUUUUGGUCUUAAUUUAUAAUUAAACAUAAGGUUAGCGGUGGUUAAGGUUAGGUUUUAAAUCUGAUUUUAAGAAGAUAAAUUGUAGUAAUAGGCGGGUUUUAGCCAUGACAAUGACUUUGUGGCUGUGGUAACUAUGGACAAAUAUCACGUCGACUGACUUCCAUGUGUAAAGAAAACGUGAUGCUGGUUAUUGCACGGAGUUGAAAGUACGAUUACAUUGGUGAGCUAGCUAAUAAUUGAACGACUAUUAAAAACAAUAGUGGUUUAUACGACUAUUCAUAAACUGUACAAGUGCCUGCUGUGACUCAAAUACCAUCGGUUCAGUGGUGAUACGUUAGUUGGUGCUUGUCUCGUGCUCUUAAAUUCCGUAGCUUAGCUAACAAGCUAAUGUCAAAUACAGUUUGAGACCUGGUUUGAUACUUUGUCAUCUCUUAGGCCUUUAAGCUAACAAUAUAACCACCUAACGUUAAGAGUAAUCUGCAUCUUUGAUGGUGUUUGCUUCCUAUGUUAUAUAAAUGAUUCGUAGUUAAUUUCCCAUCAAUACUGACAGCGUUACAAUUGACAUUGUUGGUAACAAAUACACCACAGAUAUCGCGCGUGAUAGGAAAGUUAACUAAUAAGCGUGCACUUGCUUUAAUUAACUGUCACUUCUAGUGGUCGAACUUACUCUUGCACAAUCAGCAGAAUGUUUCAGUCUACACCACGGCAGUUUAUAAAUUUAUGUGAAAUCGGUGUAUGUGCUGUUAGGGUUCAAAGCAGUAAUACAGUGAGACAGGGGAUUGGCAAGAGCAAUGGCAAAUCCGAAACCACGACAUGGAUUGGAAGACGCAUGGGCCUGUUGUUAUCAUGGCUCCAGAGAUCGGGGGUGGGCACCAGUAAAAAAGUGGCGUCUGACAAUAAGAAGCAAGACUUGCUAUCAAUUUUUGCCAACCAUUGUAGCUUUGUGACAGGCCAGAGGCUUCGACGCGCCUAUCAGAUUGGAGAGCUUUACGCAAACCUGUACUCAGAGCGAACUAGGUGGACCCUGGUAGGAAGCAUAUGGCGUCGACUCCAGAGCAAGCACGCUUCCACGGGGAAGCUUGUGGCUGCACUGGCGGGUGUCUUCCUGUGGGAGGACGAGAAGGUCCGAGAUGAAGAACUACACAGGUGUGGACUAGAACUCCAAGCUUUGGAGUCAGUGAAGAAUCUGAGUGCAUCCUCAGAGAAGGCUGAAGGGCAGGUGGAGACAGGCUGGGAACUUGUCAUGGAGAAGAAUAAUUUCAAAGUGUGGAGGCGGCCAAUUGAGGGAAGCCACUUAUGUGAAUACAGAGUUUGGGGUUCUUAUAACGACGUCACCCCCCGACAGUUCUUCAAUGUCCAGUUGGACAUGGAGUACAGGAAGACGUGGGAUGCUUUAGUUCUCAAGCUGGAGGUGGUGGACCGGGAUGUCAAUACAGGCUCAGAGGUUGUGCACUGGGCCACACGUUUCCCUUAUCCCAUGUACUCGAGGGACUAUGUUUAUGUGCGUCGCUACAAUGUUGAUGUGGAGAAUAAUCUGAUGGUCCUGAUCUCCAGAGCAGUUCAGCAUCCUGGAGUCCCAGAAACUCAGGACUAUGUCAGAGUCCACUCAUACCAGUCCAAGAUGGUCAUUCGCCCUCACAAGUCCUUUGAUGAGAAUGGCUUUAACUAUCUUCUGACCUACAGCGACGACCCUCAGACCGCCUUUCCCCGCUACUGUGUGAGCUGGAUGGUGUCCAGUGGUAUGCCUGACUUUCUGGAGAAACUGCAUACUGCAGCCCUGAAGGCUAAGAACCUGGAGGUAGGGAUCUAUGAUUAUGCCAGCGCCGUGAAGUCCAACGACACCAAGCACCAGCCCAGCCAGGACCGGCUUGGGGACAACACGCACCCUGGGCAGAUCUACGCCUAAGGGACUUUUUUUUUUUUUUGCAGAGUUGGGGAGAGUAACCUGCAUCUGCUCGCAUACAACAACCUUCAAAACACAGGCUUUUGGACACAAGGGGUGAUGGGAUAUCAAAUUAAGCUGGAAUAUACAUACAUUGAAGAUAUGCCGUACUUGUGCUAUACUGUUGCUAUUUGAGUGGUUAUAAUAGUCACAGCCAUAUUGAUAACAUAAUUGUCAUGAGAAGCUUAAACAGUACCAACAAGAGCCCUUGAACCCUUUGGAGGAAAGACUUCUCUUUUUCUGCCAGGAGAAUUGCCAUUGGAGCUUUCUGCCUUGAAACAAUAGUGCUAGACAGCCAACAUCCUGAGGGGAGAGGUGUCCAUCAUGCCUCCUUUUGUUAACUAGCUGCUACACCAACUAGCGAGACUGCACCAAAAAUAUUACCCCUAUAGAGAUGUUGCCAAAGCAUUGUCUCUCACUCCAUCCACCAUGUCUACUAGUUUCUUCCAGCCACCUUGUUUGUGUUCCUUAUUUGGUCAUAUCCGCACUGAAAUAGCUCGCUGUGGAGGCUUAGCUAAAUGCAUGCAUGCAUAGUUUGUUUAUACAACCGAGAAAGGAGAACAUUUAUAAAUAAAAACGCUGUGAUACCAGGAACUCAAGGAACAUGCUUUUUAGCUGAAUUCCCUGGCACAUUGACUUCAACAGAUGAGUGGAUUUAAGGGAUCUAGUGGUAUCUUUUUCACGUUUAUGAGAUUAGUGAUGUUUUUGUCUGCAGAACUGAGGUUUCUCACUUCUUUGUCUGUCACGCCUUGUCUGUUUUUUAAACUGCCAGGUCACCUCUAACAGCCUUCUGAAGAUUACCAGUGUCUUCCUGUCCAAGGUGUCUUAUGGCAACUGCAAAAUCCUCUAUGGGGCAAAUGCUCUUGCUGGUUUUUGUUUUACAAGCAUUGCAGUUCCCCUCCACUCGUCCAUGUUUUAUGCCCUGAUCCAAAAAUUCUAUGAAAAAUAAGCAUGUGUUCCUGUGCCACCUAACUAUCUGCUUUCCAAUGGGAUGGAUAUUUACAUUAUCCAGAGUGACUUACAGGAACAAUGAGGGUUAAAUGACUUGCUCAAGGUCACUUGGACAGAUGUUUUUCACCUAGUCUGCCCUGGGAUUUGAACCAGCUACGUUUUGGUUACUGGUCCUACACUCUUAACUGCUAGGCUACCUGUUGCCCCCAUGACUGUGACUGAAUAACUGUACUUUGUCCUGAGUACAAAGUUCAAAGUAAUGGAACAGGCAUCAUUAAGACAGACUGCUUGAUAGUUUGCACUACAGAGGAAGAUGUUUGUGUUUGCUCAGCUGUUACUGUACAUUCACAGUGAAAGUGCCCUUACUAAUAGUAGUGCAACACUUUUUUUCUAUUACUGAUGAGCUUUGGAAGGCACGUGUUUAGUAACAUCAUGUGCCCUUUGCAUCCUUGUGUGUGUGUGUAUAUGUCUAAUAUAUUUAAUGUUUUUUUUCCCAGUCUGAUAUAUUACCUAGUUCCUUCUGGUGGACGAAGUGGCAUGAAUGUGUGCUCUGUGGGAUAGAUUAACACAACAUGUGACUUUUCUAUUUACAGCCUGACAAUCUAGUACAAUUUGAAUUAACACCCGUUUCUGUGUGAUUUUUUUUUUUUCUGUGUUGCUGAUAUUGGUUAAAACAGGGGUCGUUUUCAGUGAAAGUUUCAUGAAUUUAUGGUUCCAGUAUACAGUACAUGCGUGACUGCAGUUCCAUGAAACAGAUUGUUGGUAGUUCACCAUUACUCAGUUAGAAAUGUAAAAGUGCAUUAAAAACAGUGGUGGAUAAUUUA